AUCACAUGACAACAGAUACUGUUAAUCAUUUUGAGAAGUAAAAACUAUUUUAUCACAGAGUACGUGAGUAAACACAAACCUUAACAAGACAAGAAAAGUUAUCAAAGAUGAGUGGUUGUAGUAAGACGUCAAAAUGCAUUCUCUGUUUCCUUGGAUUGAUAUUUUGGGCUGCUGCAGCAGCCCUGAUGUUUGUGGGAGUGGAGGUGUUCAACACCUACAGGAAGUAUGACGAGAUCACCUCUGCCAACCUCACUCUCAUCCCGGCUUCUGUCAUUCUGGGCGUAGCUGUAUUCCUCUUUAUUAUCGGAUUGCUCGGCUGUAUUGCAGCUGCAAAGGAGAGCAAGGGUUGUCUGGCUGUGUUUUUCUCACUUUUGCUGAUCGUUUUGAUUGGAGAAAUUGCUGCAGGUUCAUUGGGAUAUGCUUACAGAGGAAAAGUGCGUGAAGCAGUGGAAAAUGGCCUGGAGAAUGCUGUCAAUGGCAAGGGGAAUGACACUGUGCAACAAGACCAAAUAGACUACAUACAAAAAACGUUGCACUGCUGUGGAGUGCACAACGCCACUGACUGGGUGGGAACACCGUACUGGGUGAGCCAUGACUUCACCCUGCCAAACUCAUGCUGUAAAAAUGACAACUGCACAGGGCUUGCAACUCCUGCUGACCCCAGUGUCUACCCUCAGGGUUGCUAUGAUCUGCUAGAAAAGCAGUUUCUGAAGAACCUCGGAUACAUUGCUGGAGCCGCCAUCACCAUUGCUGUCUUACAGAUAUUUGGUUUGAUCUGCACCUGCAUCCUGAUCUGUCGCUCCAGGGCGAGAGGGGAUGUGCCAUACCUGACAUUAGGGUCAGACAGAUCUGGUCUUCAGGUGUAAACUAGGACUAUUUGACCACCUUAUUACCACAGUUCACUUUGCACACUCGCAUUAGCCAGGUGUUAUGUUAAGGCAAAGUGCUUUAUGAUGCUCCUGUUAUUCCAAAUGAUACAGUAUCUCCACACGUAAAUUGUUUUUCUAUGGGGAAGAUGUAGAGGUACAUGUACGUCACCUUUUGCGAUACGUGUUUUGAACUAAUAUGGACAAACAGUGCUUCGAUACAUUUUGUACCUUGCGAUAGGUUUUCUCAUGUUAAAAAUGUUUACACUUUUAGAAAUAAACACAUGUAUCUGAUAAUAUGAAUAUAUAUAUUACAAGACUGGGAGUCUGCAUGAUGAUAGAGGUGGACAGAUCCAAUUUCCUUUCCCUCUUUAUGAAAGUGUACCAGUUUGUAUGUAUUUCUUACUUAAUUGGCAUGAAUAAGCGCUACCAUAUGGAAAACGUAUGUACUUCAAUCUUUUGUCAAGUGCAGCAUCAUCAGCUAUGGGCCUAUUGAGAAAGGCAUGUUUAUAAUACGCUCCUCAUUAAUGAGAUAACAUCUUCUCAUCCCUGUGCUUUUUACAGAAUACCAGUGGUAUAAAUUUUACAAGUUACGCAGCUGAAAUAUAAGCACUGGGAAAGAAUUAGAAAGUUAGAUCUCUUUUAUAUAUCAUUUCAGUGUAAUGUUCAAACCCAGAGAGCCAAUGGCCUGUUUUUUAGCCAUUGUGUAGGUUGAUGGUAUAUGAACACUCAUACUCUGUGACGUGGGGGAUAUCCUGUGUUAAAAACCUAUUAUAUUUGGUUUGGGUUGGACAUGCCUUUGGAAGCACCCUUUGUGAACUUAAUAGCAGGUGUGUUUUUAUGUACUGUCAUUGUGUAUGUACCUUUUAAUAGAAGUACUUAGUGUGAAGUGUAUUAAGGCUAUGUGAACAGAGGUUGAAGACUGGGUACCAGCUGUGAUUGAUGCAUUUGUGCUUAUCCAUUAGCCUUGGUCCUCAUCAUAUGACAUACCCACCAUAGAAAUAAGAGAAAAGAGAAAAUAAGGGUUUUUCCAGUCUGAUAUCUAAAGUAUAGAAUGUAAAUUAUGAAUAAACAAAACCUUUUCCAUCCUUCAUUGGUGUUUAGAUAGAGUGUUGGUUAGCAUGCCAGCGCAGCGUGAUAACCUAGGAGCCUUUCACACGGAAGGGUCCUUCAGCAAGCUGCCAAUGGUUGUGGGUUUUCCACAGGCUCUCACCCUGGUUCCUCGCACCAUAUAUAAAUAAAAUAUCAUAGAAAGGAAGAAAUAAAACUAUUUUACAAAGAAAAAAAAAACACAACAAAAAAGAAAUCAGCCAGCGGCAUGUUUCAUUAAAUUAUGUAUGUGCAUGUAUCUUAUAUGAUACAUAGCUUAGAAACAUAAAUAUGAUAGCUAAGGAACAACUUAUAAAUAUCAUGGGAUGCUGUGAUAUUACAUAUAAAGUGUGUAUGUAUAUGAUUUUUUUUUCUUUUUUUUUUGUUUUGUCACUUUAUUGUAAAUAGCUCCUAUACUUUAAAUUUUUAGUGGGUUAUUGGUUUUGAAGUUAGUGUCUUGGUUUCUCUCUAAUCUCCACCACAUGACUGCUCUGAGUCACACAACAGUUGCGAGUUCAAACCACAGUUGUUGUCUUUUGUCCUCCACCAUAUACAUUAUUGGUCCCAAGCAUACAGCUGAAGUGUUUGCCUGUUACUUAUUGUACCAGUAUUCAAUGAAGCGACAACCAUUUUCACACCUAGGCAUGGAUGUUGGUAUCAGUUUCGCAGUUAGUAAUAAAAUCAAUCAAUUUGUUUCGUUUUUGCUGUUUUUAUUUAGUACUCGAGAGGUUACAUACAUCUGUAUAGUUUGUCAGACUGCUGUUUUUAAUCGUGAACUAUUCAUGUAUAAAUUAUACAAUAUAUGUAUUUCCAAGUUCUGACUAAAACAAUAGGCUUUACUUUUUGGGCGAAGGUUCUUCAGAAUUAAAGCCAGCUCAUUUCUUGAAUGAGUGAAUCCUUGACAGUUUGCACUGUAAUUUCCUCAUGAUCUGGGGCUACUGUGAAAUAUGCAUACUAUGUGUGUAACAUUGUCAUGUAUUCUGGUCUGUAUGUUCUUUAAGAUGAAGACAUUUAUUUGCUUUUCUAUAUACAUGUAAUGUAUUUAAUUGGUGGAAACACUUGUACCAUGUACCUUAAUAUUCUCUUGCAAUGUGUGCAAAAGUAUAAUUAUUUGUGUAAGUAAAUCACUUGAGUCCUUUGACAUUAGAAAAAGAUAAUUUAAGUGUUGUACUAGUACAUUUUUUUGGCACUUUUAAAACCUUUCACAUAUCCUGAAAGUUUACAUGUAUAUUGUGUGAUAGCUAAACCUAGUCCAUGCCCAAUUUCAUGGCAAAGUAAGAGGUGAAAAAGCUGAAAAGUUCUUGUCACUAUGGAGGGUUUUUGUCACUAUAAAGGGUUUCCUAAGAUUAAGAUCAGAAUUUGUAAUGAUCAUCAUGUUCAUGACCAAAGGCUGUUCUUUCUUGCAUGCAUGCAUGAGUCCCUGUACCAGUUGGGUACUUCAUUAUCUGGAUGUGUAUUACUUUAAUACUGUACAUGUAAUUCACAUUUGGCAAAAUUAAAGUACAUGUACUUGAUAUAAAAAAAAAAUUGUUUCUG